UUACAGUAAAAAUUUUUGACAGUGUGGUGCGCAUGCGUAAUAAUUCCAAACAAAUGGUCUCAACGUUCUCGAGCUCAACGUACAAACUUAAGAAGUCUGAUAAAAUUGCUUGAUACUAGGAAAAUGCCACUAUAAAGUAAUAUAAAUGCAUAUAAUUAUGCAUUGGACUGAUUAUUUAUUAAAAUAGUUACGAUUACAAUAAAAAAAAAAUGAAUUCACCCAGAACGCCCCAGCAGUCAAGCCUGAGUGCUGAACUGAAGGAGGUGAUCAGCAACAGGAAUAUGUUGACAACAAGAACAAGAAUGAAAGUUCUCAAUGCUCUCGAUGAAAUCCACAAUCAGAGUAUCAACAAAAGACAGCACAGACUGAGGUCCCAAGCGAUCCAGGAAAUUCUCACAUCUGAAGUUAAUUAUCUACGAAAUUUGGAAAUUAUCAUGGAAUUCUUUAUGCGACCAAUAUGCGAGAAGCAAUUAUUAAGUCACCCUCAAUACACAACUCUUUUUGAAAAUAUCGAAACCCUCUACAAUGUGAAUGCGGAACUCCUGAAGGAGUUAAAACAGGAUCCCGAGAAUAUCGCAGCCGCAUUUUCCAAACUAGCUCCAUUUUUCAAGCUCUACUCUGUCUACGCCUAUAACUACAAACGAGCCUUAUGUCUGCUCCAGGAGAUUCAAAAUAAUGACCCCAAGACUGCAGAGUUCAUUGCCUGUCAAGAAACGAGGCCAGAAGUCAGCCAUAAACUCUCUUCCUUGCUAAUCGCCCCGAUUCAGAGAGUGCCUCGGUACAAAUUACUUUUAAAAGAAGUUCUGCGACAGACUCCUUCGAACGAAAAAAACUACUAUAUUUUACAAGAUUCGUUGGCACAGAUAGAAAAUGUCGCAGCCCACAUCAAUUCACUCGUGGAGGAGUACGAGGACACGCAGAAAUUAUUGGAAUUGCAAAAACGUAUCGUCAGUUCCGUGAAUUUGGUGAAGCCAGGGAGAAAAUUGAUCAGACAGGGACCACUGAUGAGAGUUUCCAGACGAGGGAAUUCUUCUUUCAGGAGACAUUUUGUACUUUUAAGCGACACUUUUCUAUAUUGCAAAGGAGACCCAGAACACUCACUCACCGUCUGUUGUCUUCUGCCUCUGAAGAAAUGCAAAGUGGAACGCGUUUUGAGCCAUGGACUUUUCAGGGUAGUUUGUUUGCAGGAGACUUUAUUGCUGUAUUCGGAGAAUGGAGACAGCGAAGAGUGGAUCAAGUCGCUACAGGAUUCGGUGAAGAAAUUUAUCGAGUGCAGGCAAACUUUGAGGAAGGAGAGUAGUUCUAGGAUUCCUCUGCGAGACGUGAAUCAAUUUCCCUCGGAAAAUAUUCUGCUGAGGAGAUACAAGAGAAAAAGAUCCGCUGAUCAAGAAGAGGCUGUGUCGAAUCCUACUAAAGUUAUUUACAUAUCGAGGGAUGCCGAGACGGACACCUCUUCCGUGGGGCCUUUCAAUUGCUUUCCCACCUGCAAAAAGAGGAUAACUUCCACGCCAGAUGACAUGACGAUGAAUGAGAAAAUAAAAUUGUGGAUGGAUGGUUUGAGGUCGCGACAAAUAGCUUCUUCCUCUGAGCAGACUUCGAAUACAAGAACGUGUUCUUCACUUGCAACUGUUGACGAUAAUCCUUCUUCGGGUUAUUCUAAUGAGGGUUUCAGUAGUUUUACGAUAGACGACGCAUUUCUUGAAUCUUCGAAUGCAACGAAUUUGGACGCGAGCGAAAUUGAAUUUGACGUUGAAUCUUGUAGGAAAAAGUUUGAGGUCUAUUCAGGAACUCCGGCGAGACAAAAUGAGCCACGGGUUUGGUCUUUUCAGAGAUUAAGUACCUUCAUUUCUACCCUAGGCUCCUCUUUGAGGGAUUUAUUCCAUCGAAACUAGAUUUUUUUAAUGUACAAUUAUAUCGACUUUUUAUAGCAUUUUUUGCGUUAUUGUAAAAUUAAGAUUC